AUGGAUGAAUAUGAACUCAACUUUCCUGAAUCAGGUGAUGCAGAAAUUGAAACGCUUAAACACCCAUUAGACGCCAACGUCAAAUGGAAGGACAAAAGGAGCGAUGAAUUGGACUUCAGGAUGAGUGCUAAGCCAGAAGCGAAAGGCCAAAAAGUUGAAACAAAAAAACGGAUGCUGAGCAAAGCUAAGGGGCUUGAAUCCAAUCCAGAAGUGAAUAAAGAACAUGACAAAAAUAAGGCCAAAAGUCCUCCGAAGUGGAUGGGCCAUUGUGACAACGAGUCAGGCCUCGAAGGCUCCAGGCGGGGUGAUGAGAUCAGUAACAUCACUAAGUUGAAAAGUGACAUAACUGGACAUUUGAAUGAGCUCCAGAAAGCUGCAACCUGUAACCAAGAUCCGGUUGCCAAGGUAAAUAAGAGUCAAUUAAAUACAAAGAAGGGAAGUAAAAGUACUUCAUGUGAGGAAAGAGAAGGACCGAAAAGCAACAAGGAGGUGGAACAAGCUGGAUCCGUAACUCUAAAGCACAUGAGUCAUGAUGAAGAUACACAGAGUAAUCAUUUUUAUGACUUAUACGAGGGACUUGGCGCAGAGGAGGAGAAAGUCGACACCAAUAAAAGCGCCUCCACCCAAAAGGGAGCUGGAAGUGAGAUAAUUUUGCAUCUAUUAAGAAGGUCUGCAAGCGGGCUAUCUGUCAUUCAUAACGUAAAUCGUCGCUUUUUGAGUUGGAGGGCCUCUGCAUUUCCCAAGACCCAACGCAACAAAGGCGCCGGAGGUCAGAAUGGCAAAAAUAACAAACGCAGACAUAAGAAUGCUUGCCCUGCCGGGGUUUGCCAUGAAGCCCUCCAACACAGGGUAGAUGAGAAUCAAGUAUCAGCUCACAAUAAAAUGGGUCGUGAAAGCGAAUGGAGCACCGACGCAGAACACGCAUAUGACGAAAUGACAGAAUUCGAACAGCAGCCUUCAAAAGAGUACCUGAAUGGAAUAAAUUCCAACGCGGAUGCUGAUUUAUAUGAUGAUCUUGAUGCAGAAGAGAAUUCUCACGCAAUGGAGUCCGUAGUUCACAAACCAAUACCAAAAAUAUGUGAUAGUAAAUACAAAAAUAUUGGAAACAAGCUUCCCAACAGUGUAGAUAAAUUAAAGGACAGGAAGAGUUCAAAGUCACCGAGUGCGAAAACUAACUGCCGAGAGUCCAGCCAUGAAGCCUUGCAUGAUGGAAUACCUGAUAGAGGUGGUGGUGAUGGUGAAAUUUACAUGAAUGAGGAAAUAUUUAAGAACCUAGCAGACCCAGGUAGAAACGACAGUCCUCCUCCCAUUCCACCGAAAAUGUGUCAGAUUACUCAAACUCAUAAUAAUGGAGAGAAAAAUAGUAAAAAAACACAUGCGACCGCAAUUCCCAACGAACUGCGCGGUGGCAUUUUCACUUCGUUUACAAGACAAUUUUCACACACCAGAACUGCACUACCAACAAAAAAGCAAAAUACCCGGGGCAAACAAGUCACCAGAGUGCUCGGCCUUUGUGCUAUGAAACCAGGACGUGGGAAGAAACCUGCCCGUCUCAAGGAAGCAAAAACACCUCAAAUGAAUGCAGAAACUCAUGCAGCGGAAGUGUUCAAUGGCAAAAUCGGUACCGAUGUUCCCAAUGGAGGAGAAGAUGAAUACGAAGAGUACUGUUAUGCAUCUGAAUUGGUUGAUCAACCCGAACUUGACCAACAAGUACAUCUAGACAAACUUCUCUGUAAUAAGGGGGGUUUAAGGUAUGAAUGA